AGACGCCUGCAGACCAUCCCAGACGCCGGAGCCCAAGCCUCGCCGAGUCCCCGCGCCUCAUCCGCCCGCGUCCGGUCCGCGUUCCUCCGCCCCACCAUGGCUCGGGGCCCCGGCCUCGCGCCGCCACCGCUGCGGCUGCCGCUGCUGCUGCUGGUGCUGGCAGCGGUGACCGGCCACACGGCCGCGCAGGACAACUGCACGUGUCCCACCAACAAGAUGACCGUGUGCAGCCCCGACGGCCCCGGCGGCCGCUGCCAGUGCCGCGCGCUGGGCUCGGGCGUGGCGGUCGACUGCUCCACGCUGACAGCCAAGUGUCUGCUGCUCAAGGCGCGCAUGAGCGCCCCCAAGAACGCCCGCACGCUGGUGCGGCCGAGUGAGCACGCGCUCGUGGACAACGAUGGCCUCUACGACCCCGACUGCGACCCCGAGGGCCGCUUCAAGGCGCGCCAGUGCAACCAGACGUCGGUGUGCUGGUGCGUGAACUCGGUGGGCGUGCGCCGCACCGACAAGGGGGACCUGAGCCUGCGCUGCGAUGAGCUGGUUCGCACCCACCACAUCCUCAUUGACCUGCGCCACCGCCCCACCGCCGGCGCCUUCAACCACUCGGACCUGGACGCCGAGCUGAGGCGGCUCUUCCGCGAGCGCUAUCGGCUGCACCCCAAGUUCGUGGCGGCCGUGCACUACGAGCAGCCCACCAUCCAGAUCGAGCUGCGGCAGAACACGUCGCAGAAGGCCGCCGGUGACGUGGACAUCGGCGAUGCCGCCUACUACUUCGAGAGGGACAUCAAGGGCGAGUCUCUAUUCCAGGGCCGCGGCGGCCUGGACUUGCGCGUGCGCGGAGAACCCCUGCAGGUGGAGCGCACGCUCAUCUAUUACCUGGACGAGAUCCCCCCGAAGUUCUCCAUGAAGCGCCUCACCGCCGGCCUCAUCGCCGUCAUCGUGGUGGUCGUGGUGGCCCUCGUCGCCGGCAUGGCCGUCCUGGUGAUCACCAACCGGAGAAAGUCGGGGAAGUACAAGAAGGUGGAGAUCAAGGAACUGGGGGAGUUGAGAAAGGAACCGAGCUUGUAGGUAUCCGGCGGGGCAGGGGAUGGGGUGGGCUACCGGAUUUCGGUAUCGUCCCAGACCCAAGUGAGUCACGCUUCCUGAUUCUCGGCGCAAAGGAGACGUUUAUCCUUUCAAAUUCCUGCCUUCCCCCUCCCUUUUGCGCACACACCAGGUUUAAUAGAUCCUGGCCUCAGGGUUGCCUUUCUUUCUCACUUCUGUCUUGAAGGAAGCAUUUCUAAAACGUAUCCCCUUUCGGUCCAACAACAAGAAACCUGACUGGGGCAGUGAAGGAAGGGACGGCACAGCGUUAUGUGUAAAAAACAAGUAUCCGUAUGACAACCCGGGAUCGUUUGCAAGUAACUGAAUCCAUUGCAACAUUGUGAAGGCUUAAAUGAGUUUAGAUGGGAAAUAGCGUUGUUAUCGCCUUGGGUUUAAAUUAUUUGAUGAGUUCCACUUGUAUCAUGGCCUACCCGAGGAGAAGAGAGGAGUUUGUUAAUUGGGCCUAUGUAGUAGCCUCAUUUACCCUCGUUUGUAUUACUGACCACAUAUGCUUGUCACCAGGAAAGAAGCCUGUUUCAGCUGCCUGAACGCAGUUUAGAUGUCUUUGAGGACAGACACUGCCCGGAAACUCAGUCUUUAUUUAUUCUUCAGCUUGCCCUUACCACUGAUAUUGGUAAUGUUCUUUUUUGUAAAAUGUUUGUACAUAUGUUGUCUUCGAUAAUGUUGCUGUGAUUUUUUUAAUAAAACAUGAAUUUAAUAAAAUAUGGGAAAGGCA